CAGUCAUAUUGAGAGAGAGAGCAAACAUAUUGAGAGAGAGAGCAGACAUAUUGAGAGCGAGCAGCAAUGACGGCUGAUCCGCUUCGCUCGGCCAUGGCACCCAGCUCGAUGGAGGAUACCUCUCUGGUGCUGCCGUCCGACAGAAAACAGCGCACUGGGCAGCAGCGCGUCCUGGAGCAGGUCAAAUCCAUUAGGAGAAACAAGACAGUUAAAAAUGAUUCCAUUCCUUCACCAACAAGUCAGACGUCAGUGACAGAAUACAGUGAGCCUAAAUUCCAGUUCUCACCGACAAAUAUGAAUGACACCCGUUUCAAAUGGAGUAGCUCCAACAUGAGCACAAACCAGAACAGAAUGACUGUUCGCAGCGUAUCAGUGCGCAACACCAUGAGAAGACCGACUCAGAGUAUGAAAUUGAAUGCCAAUUCUGCAUCCAAUGGCAUGAAGGCCAGUGACAGUGAUGAUUUGCGCAGUGCCAGCCAAUUACUAGUAGGAAGUGUCAAGUGUCCAUCUGGUGAGUCACAGGGGAUGAUGAAAGUCGCCAUGAACAGGAGCAAAUCAGAACCAUGGGGUACGAAUGGCACUACAGAAUCUAUGCCUAACAUCACUCUGCAGGAUGCUGUGGAAUUUCUCAGUUGCUCGGACGUGGGCUAUCAGCUUUGUGGAGCUUCCUUCAUACAACGCCACACCUUCACUGAAGAAAAAGCCAAGCAGGAAGUACGGGUGAUGGGAGGGAUUCCUGCUCUUAUUCAGUUGCUGAAAGUUGAUAAUUUACAGCUGCAAGAGACAGCAUCUGCUGCACUGCGCAACCUUGUUUUUAAGGAUUCCAAUAACAAGCUUCAAGUGGAAAGUUGUGGAGGACUAGAACCCAUUCUGACCUUAAUCAGAAACACCAACGUCACAGAAACUCAGAUACAACUCACUGGUCUGUUGUGGAAUCUGUCCUCGGCGGACACUCUGAAGCCAGAGCUCAUCAGAUGUGCCCUGCACCUGCUUACAGAAAACAUUGUGGUUCCAUACUCCUGUUGGAAUGACAACAACACCAGCAAACUCAUUGACCCCGAGGUCUUCUACAACACCACCGGCUGUUUACGAAACCUCAGCUGUGCUAAUGAGGAGCAGAGGAUAUCUAUGCGUAACUGCACAGGACUGAUUGACUCCCUAAUGACACAUGUUCAGUCUGAGGUGGAAAGGGGCCAGUCUGAUGACAAGUCGGUGGAAAACUGUGUCUGUAUACUCCAUAACUUGAGCUAUCAGUUGGAGAAGGAGACCCCUGAACACUUCAAACAGUAUUAUAUCGCUGAUGAGGCCCCACAUGAGAAUACAAGCAAAAGGAACAUCUUCAGCCCAAAGAGCACCAAGACACAAAAGACGUUUAGCUUCCCAGAAAUAAAGGAGGCUGAGCUUAAAGGAGUGAGUUGGCUGUACCACACAAAGUCUCUGCAGUUAUACCUGUCUCUGCUGAGCUUCAGUCAAAAUGAAGCAACCCUGGUGGCAUGCUGUGGAGUACUACAAAACCUUACUGCUUCAAAGAACCUGGUGUCCACUCAGAUGAGUCAGACCAUUGUUCAGAAGCUAAACGGCCUGUCUGUCAUUUCCCCACUGCUGAAAUCUGGAAACCCUGACCUACAGAAGACUGCCAUGUCCUUGGUGGGGAACAUGUCCCAGGUCUCAUUUUUGUGGAAUACUAUGGCCAAGGCAGUGCUCCCCGAUGUCGCCUCUGUUCUCACAGCUGUGACCCCGAGCAUGGUUGAGUAUGAUAGCACCAUGACCACAGCAUGCCGAGUGAUGCACAAACUCUUGCUGGCAGAGCCUGAGAGUGCCAAGAAUGUGUUGAACACAAAACUUAUCGACUCUCUGACCGCUCUGAGUGAAAAUAUGUCAUUCGAAACGGCCAGAAAAGGUGCCGGAGUUCUUCUCUACAGUAUGUGGGGGCAAAAAGACAUUCAGAAUGUGUUGAAAAAGAAAGGGAUGAAAAAGGACACAUUUAUCAAUGCAGUCACUGCUACCGCGUACAAAUAUGUGCCACAAAUACAGUCUCCUGGAGAUAAAUGAUGGAUUUUAGGAUACUGUCCUGUCUGUGUAUUAGGGCUGCAACUAAUGAUUAUUUUUUAUUAUUACUGACUAAUCUAACGAUUAUUAGAAUGACUAUUUGACUAUUCAGCGAUUGUUGCAACGAUUAAUCAUUAGCUCAUAACCGAUUAUUCUGCUUGUGCCUUGACAUAAAAGGUUGGAUUAAACGUACUUACUAACAAUAAAGAGGAAAAGAAUCUAAAUGACAGAAUUAAAGAAAAAACACUUUUUAUUAAGCUUAAUUCAGUAAAGAAAGUUACAGCAAAAAAUCAUAUUGUUAUCAAGUUUUUUUGUAUUGUUUUUCAUUUAAAAUGGUCUAAAAAUCCUUAAAACAAGAUAAUUUUACAUGAGAAGCAACAUAUAAGAUAUUUAGAUUUGAUUUAAGAGGAUGUAUCUUAAAUAUAAGUGUAUUUUGUAUAUACGUGUAUUUCUUUUACUUUAAGUUUAGAGUGCAUCUGAGCUGAUUCUUCCUCUCCUCAAUCAGGAGCGAAUUGCAGUGCUGAUCUUUCUUGUCGUCAUUACAAAUUUUUGUCUACAUUUUCAGCCCUACUAUCAUUUUAUUUCAGCCCUACUAUGUAUAUUGCAGACCUCCACAUUAACAGGAAAAGAAUACAAAAAGUUGCUUAAAAGGAUAGAUCUUCCAAGAAUGUAAAUUAUGUCAUCAUUUAAAAAUGAAUGGUGACUGAGAUCUCCUUUUGUGUUCCACAGAAGAUAAACUAUAAUUUCUAGGUAUUUCUGGGAAAUAGGAAUAUUUUGCCUAAACAUUAAACAUCGUGUUAUCUAUCACCAAUCCCAUGAUAAAAUCCUUGUCUGGCAUUUGUGGAUGUGUAAAUGGAUUGCUUGUAGAGGCCUGUUGAAUGUGCAGAUAUGCAGGUUUACCAUGGGAAACAUACACUUGGGCUUGCCAAACUUGCAGUACUGGUCCUGCAGAGUAAUAAUUCCACUCUUCUUCAUGUAUUGAUGUCCUACUACUGUCCUCAUGUUAUUUUACGAAUAUUGAAUACAUUAAAAUAUAUAUUGUAAUAUUACAAGGUGAUGUUAAACUUUUGUUUCUUGAUGCAAUGAGGCCUAUUUACUGUAUGUAUGUUUGCUAAAGGAAUAGUUCAUCCAAAAAUGAAAAUUCUCUCAUCAUUUACCCACCCUCAUGCCAUCCCAGAUGUGUGUGACUUUCUCUCUUCUGCUGAACACAAACCAAGACUUUUAGAAGAAUAUUUCAGUUUUGUAGGUCCACACAAUGCAAAUGAAUGGUGACCACAAAUCUUUAAGCUCCAAAAAGCAGAUAAAGGGAACAUUAACCUCCUGAGAGCUGAGCGUAACUGCUGUGUGCAUUUUAUAUUUCCUUUAUAUUAAUAUUUGAUAUUACUUAUAGAGGUUUCAAUGUGAAAACUUAAUUGAGGUUUCUUAACAGAUGUAAUUUUGUUGGCGUUUCUCCCAAAGACAAACUCCUCUGAGAUCGUCAGAAUGUUGUUUUGUCACAUAACUUGUUGCAUCAAAAGUUUAACCCUUUACUGACAGCUCAGCAUGUCCUGAACUGUGAUUAAAUAAUGCAUGGCAUAUAGAGAAGACAAAACACACAGUUCACGCAGGAUGACACAGAGUCGCACAAGGUUAAAGUAAUCCAUGAGACUCCAGUGUUUAAUCAAUGUCAUCUGAGGCGAUCCAAUUUGUUUUGGAUGAGAACAGAUCAAAUGUACUGUAACAAUUUUUUACUUUAAAUCUUGACAUCAGCAGUCUCCUUGGCUGUCAUGAUUUCGACCUAGCGCUCUGCGCAUGCGUCAAGCACUGUGUAAUCAUAAACAGGAAAUGUAAUCGAGCAUGAAUCAUGAUAAUGCCUAGAGACUGCAAUGCAAGAUAUACUGUGAAAAUGAGUUUUAUUUUGGUCUGUUCUCACCCAAAACCAACCGGAUCACUUCAGAAGACAUUUAUUAAAGAACUGGAGUCGAAUGGAUUAUCUCAAUGUUGCCCUUAUCUGCUUCUUGGAGCUUCAAAUGUCUGGCAACCAUUCAAUUGCAUUGAAAAGACCCACAAGCUUAGUUAUUAUUCUAAAAAUCUUUGUGUUCAGCAGAAGAAAAAAAGCAUACACAACUGGGAUGGCACGAGGGUGCGGAAAUAGUGAGAGACUUUGAAUUUUUGGGUGAACUAUUCUAUACCAUUCUAAAGUGUGCUUUCUGAAUUUGUCCUUCUGGCUCUUUACCCCUCAUGAAUAGGAGAUUCAUUUAAGUAAUUUGAUGUCUUUGGUUUUAUAUUGGGUGUGAUUGUUGUCUGCAAACCCUUCUGUAGGGUACAACUGGGUUAAAGGCACAGCUGUAUUGUUGCUGAAUUGUUGAAUUGUUGCUGAAUUGUUGCUUUCUUUCUGGACACAAAAUGUAUCAAGGUCAAAUAAUGUUUUAUUUUUUUAUUGUAAAUUAAUGUAGCAACAUAAUUUGGGUGAAAAUAAAUAAUAACGUAAUGUUGUUUUGAUUAAAAUUCUGUUUUAAAAAAAGGUGGCGAGGGAGCCUUUUACCCCACACUUGGGGUAAAAGGCCUCUAGGGGGUUUAAAGUGAUAUCGUGUAGAUAUCGUGGCAAUAGUUAUAGGGAACAAUUUGUCAACUAAUGCAAAUAAUUUUGAGACAGGAAGAUGCUUUUUUGAGUAACCUAUUAAGAUGAUGCUUACUCAAAAUAGCUACUUCAGAAAAAAGUCAUUUCCUGUUCCAUUUCAAACACAUUUUGCAUAAAAUUACAUCAAGUAUUCUAUAAUAACCUAAAACAAAUUAUGAAAAUUAUAAGUAUUUUGUCUCAAAAGUUAAUUUGAGGGAUUUUCAUUAGCUACAGAAAUUUGCAACAUUUUAAUAUAUAAUAAAAAUUAGAUCAAAUUGGCUCAAAAUCAAACUUUAGACCUUAAACGCAAUGAUCUCAUGGAAGAGGAACAUUUUCCAGUGUAUAGUGACAAAUAGAUGUUUAGGGAAGUUCUGUGGUAGUUUUUGUUGCUAUUUAGUGUUUUGUGAGAAAAAAAAUCAAUGAGCCUUUUACCCCACGGAGCCUUUAGCCCCAUUGUACACUAUAAUUGCAGAUGACAGAUUGUAAUCACUGUUUGUCAUUUGAUUCAGCUGUUCACUAUAAACUAGGGUUUGGAUUUUAGAACUUGUUCUUCAUAACUGGAAAUUGGCGCAUCAGGGCUACCUUAAACUAUGCCUUUCAAGCACAGUGUAUAGUCUCCCACUAUAUUGUAACUCCUGUGUAAAAUGUGUGCUGCCUCUGAUUCUGUCUCUGUAAACCAGAGUAAAUGUGCUGCUUUGCAUGCAGUUAUUCCAGUGACUUAUGUUUGGUACAUUUUAGGAGAGUUGAACUCAAUAAGACUUUUUUGCCAGAUAUUAUCUAUUCUUUCUCUAAAAUUAUCAUUAAGGGAAUUGUUGACCAGAAUUACUGUCUUUAUUGUACCAUAGACUGUGCCUUUUCUGUUUUUGAUUUACUAAAAUAUAAUUCAAUAUUUCGAUAUUUUAUGAAUAUUGUUUGUUAUGUGUAAUUUAGUUUUAAUUUGAAUGUAACCAUUUUUAUUAGAGUUUAUUAUGAUGAAAUUAUUCUUGUUUAGUUGGCUUGAACAUGUUUACAUUGCAUCUCUGUGUGAAAAAACAUUAAAGGUGUUGAUGCCCCCCCACCCCCCUCCCUAAAAUAUUGUUCAAAAGCAGCAGAAAGACAGAAAAACUGGAUAAGAAAUAUCAAUUUAUCAGCAAAUUAUAUAUUUCAUUUUAAAAUAUAAAAUACAAAUUACAUUAUAUUUUUCAUUAAGUGAAUCUGCUGAUGACAAGUUUACAAACAUCCUAAUUUGUGAACUGACUUAUUUUUAUUUGUGAACUGAGUAUUUUGCACAUAUAUGUUAGACAUGAAUGUACUGAAUUAGGGAUAAUAUUUUUUUUGGCAAAAAUAUUUCAAAAGAUAACAUAUUUAAAGUAAAUGUAAAUUUUGUGUAAGAAAUUAAUUAUUUUUGAGAGCUUAAGAAAAGCUGAAAUAUUGUCUAGUUGUACAGGAACCAAACUAAACGAGGUUUCAAAUCUUUUUUUUGUUAUUAUUAAUACAGUAAUAACCAAGACACAAAAGUAAAUUUUUGAUGUGUUUUCUUUAAAUGUUUUAAAUUUAAUUUAAGUUUUUGUGCAAAUAUUUGGCCAUGUAAUCACCUUUUUAACACCAUGUCAUAACGCCCCAUAUUAUACCCAUAUGUCCGGGGGCGCGACAUGCUAAUUCUGUUCACCAAUUUGGCAUUGGCCUUUUUCAUAUUCAGGGGUAUCCGAGGCUCUCGAUAGAAGCCCCUUGUGUCGCUAGUAUCGACACAAUGUCCAGUGAGUGACAGAAGGGUGACGGAAGGUUUGAUGACUCACACAAAUUCCUCACUAUAUACAUACAGGUCAUCCGUUUUGGGUUGGAUUAAAAAAAGUAAUAAAAAAUAAAUAAAUAAUUAAAAAGGGAUGAGAUUUAUGUGCAAAUAUUCUGACUUAUAAAUAUUUUCUUUGUAAUUUUCACACAUUGUCAUCUUUUUGCAAACAAUUAUUUAAAUUAUAGUACCAAGUGUUUUUGUUUUAACAAAUCAUAUUUCUGGGUUGACAACCACUCAACCUUUUUGACCUUGAAAUAGAGAGAACGCCCUUAGGGGACAUUUGCAGAAAUGAGCUGGCUGUGUAAAAGUUAAAAUUAUUUGAACUUUUAUUAAUUCUCUAUGUUGUAGAGCAAUUACAUUACUUUUUAUUUGAGAUUGAGGUUAAGUAAAUCUGAAGCUAGAUAUAACUUGCAAAGCAAUGCAUAAUAUAUUCUGCUUGUGGAUACAUUUUACUUGCUACAGAGUGUCUCGUAGUGUUUUAAACUGUUAAAUAUAUUUCAAAUAUUUAAUGCCAUGAACAUCCUGUGCUUUGGCAAAUCCAGUGAGUUCUUCUGAAGCUGUGCACCCUGACUCCCAGAAGUGACUGUCAUGUUCUCUGUUGUCUUUUGUUUUUGUGCUGUUAUUUUGAAGUUUAGUUUAGUUCAUGUUUCCUGUUUGGUUUUUGUAGUCCUUUGUAGUUUCAUUUUAUGAUUGGUUUUCCCCUGAUUAGUUCUCUUUCCCUGAUUAUUUCCCCAGGUGUUCCUUAUUCCCUUGUCUGUUCCAUUUGUGUAUUUAAGCCCUUUAGUUUCCUUGUUUCCCUUGUUAGUUCUUGCAUGUGUUAUGCUCUGUACUAGAUUUCCUUGUUUUUUCCCUUUUGUCCUGA